CACUCAGAAACUCGAGAACUCAGAUAUUCAGAAAUUCUCGGACACGCAGCACACAAAUCGCUCCGCAUUUUCGUGGCGAGCGGCAACAACGACUGCGCCCCAAAACAUUGCGCAUACGACGUGUGGGCCGUGUGGCCGUUGCGAGUGGCACAAAUAAAUAGUUCACAUUUCGUUUUUUUUUUCUGCUGCCGUUUUGUUUGUUUGGCCCUGUUGGCUGACCAUUGUUGUUGCUGCCGGAUUUUGUUUGUUUUUUUUCUGUGAUUUUUUUAACGCUGCCAGUGCCAGUGGCAGGGUGUUUGUUUGCUACUCGGUUCCGUUUUCCAUGUGUGCUUGGUGUUUUUAAAAGCGUAUCUGCCGCGAAUGCGAGUCCUGCGAGUCCUGUGAGUCCUGCGACUCCCCCAUCAUCUAUCAGCAGCUCGGAGAAUUGCGAACUUUUUGGGUUGACAUGUAGCUGGGAUUCUGGGCGUGUGUCGGCGGUUGUGUGUACGGCGGGAAUCGGAAGGGCCAGGAUCCGGAAUCGGUAUCGUAAUGCAAAGACGGCGAUAUGGCACUACAAGGCUGGCGCUUUUUCGGUGUCUCGGCAACCAUCAUCAUCUACAUAGGCGGCGUCCUGUUCCUAUCCAUGAACAACAUACCAGGCUCGCAUCCCAAGAGACCGCGCAUCGAACGCUUCGCCGAGUUCCCCAGCUUUCAUAGUCCUCGGUUUCCGAUGCCCAGCCGCAAGAUGACGAUACGCUGGUGUCGCGACCUAAAGUACAUAAAUCGAGAUCUUCCAAUCUACGCGGACUACAAGGCCGACUUCUACACGGCCCUGCCCAGCGAUGUGAGCGCUGCCCUUCAAUCCUUGCCAGCUCUGACAGCCCUGGCCAGUUUUCCGGGCAGCGGAAACACCUGGCUGCGCUAUCUUCUCCAGCAGUCCACCGGCAUUCUUACGGGCAGCAUCUACAAGGACUACGGUCUGCUGAAGACCGGCUUUCCGGCGGAGAACGUCUGCAACAGCUCAGUAUUACUGGUGAAGACCCACGAGUGGGGCAGCAAGGCGUGGGCCCCCUUCUCGAAAGCAAUACUCCUCGUCCGGGAUCCGGAGAAGGCCAUCAUCGCAGAGUUCAAUCGCCAGAGUGGCGGUCACAUCGGAUUCGCCUCGCCGGAUCGCUACAAGCGCACCAAGGGAAAAUACUGGCAGCAGUUCGUGAGCAACAAGCUCAAGGGCUGGGAGGUGAUGAACCUCAGCUGGGCGCGCAACUUCACGGGCGGCAUCAAGGUGGUCUUCUACGACGACCUGGUCCACCACACGGAACGGGAGCUACGCUCGAUCCUGGAGUUCCUGCAGUUCCCGGUCAACGAGCAGCUGAUGCGGUGCGCCAUCAUGCGGAAGGAGGGCAUCUUCCGGCGGAAGAAGCGGCUGCUGUCCUUCGAUCCGUACACGGAGUCCAUGAGGGCGGAGGUCCAGAACCGUCGGCGCAUCGUCUACGGAUUGCUGGGGCGCCAGGAGCCGUAGGAUAUAUGUACCAUAUAUACAUCCGAUGUAUAAGAAAACUGGGCAACGAGAAGGGAAAUCGAAUUCGUACCACCAACAAUACAAAGAAACCGAACAGAAAUCACAAU